UUCUAUGCGCUCGUGCGCUCGCCUCGCAGACAGCAGCGCGCGGCUGCAGCGACCUGUCUCUUUAAGUUGGUGUCAAAGCCGAUUACCGCUGAUCUCCGUCGUGGUUCUGCUUUCACCGUCUGUUCCCGGAGUCUAUUUUGGUUUGGCGUCGCUGCCGGUACGAGAAGCUUCCUCCUUCUCCUCUGUGUUUUCUUUUUUUUUUUUUUUCUUGAGCGCGCGGUAACUGAAAAGUUUGGAGCUCGGGCACGCGGGGAGGUGCGGUUGUUCUCUGCGGCUCCGCUCGUGAGGAGAGCCCCGCAUGAAAGCCCCUCAUUCCGGCGAGCUGCUGCGGGUGAUGUGCGCUGCUCCGCGGACACUCCAACUUUUUAUACCAUGGUAAGCCUGGAUUACCUUUCCCCUGCACACGGACAUAUUCACCGCUUUCUCCUCGGUAUCCUUCCGCUAAAUAUAACGGAGCAGACGCGGGAGAUGUGAUGUGAUGUGAUGCCGCUGGGGACCGUUUGAAGUUGGCACCAAAAUAUUAAUAAUACUAGUAAUAAUAAUAAUAAUAAUAAAAACCCGCACAUUACUCCGGGGUGAACGUAAAAUGCAGAAGAGCGUGCGGUACAAUGAGGGCCACGCUCUGUAUCUGUCGGUGGUUGCGCGUAAAGAGGGCACCAAGCGCGGCUUCCUGAGCAAGAAGACCACGGAGAACAGCCGCUGGACCGAGAAGUACUUCGCCCUCUACCAGAACGUGCUCUUCUACUUCGAGAACGACCAGAGCACCAGGCCCUCCGGUAUUUACCUGCUGGAGGGAUGCACCUGCGAGCGGGCACCGGCUCCCAAGGUCUCCGCCAUCAGCAAGGAGCCCAUGGAGAAACAGCAGCACUACUUCCUGGUCAUUUUCGGCCACGAGGGACAGAAACCCCUGGAGCUGCGGACGGAGGAGGAGCCGGACUGUAACGAGUGGGUGGAGUGUAUCACGCAGGCCAGUUACUCUGACAUCAUCAUCGAGCGUGAGAUCCUGAUGCAGAAGUACAUCCACCUGGUCCAGAUCAUGGAGACCGAGAAGAUCGCGGCCAAUCAGCUUCGCACUCAGCUGGAGGACCAGGACACUGAGAUUGAGAGGCUGAAAGCCGAGAUUGUGGUGCUGAACAAAGCCAAGGAAAGGAUGCAGCCUCACCAGAACAACCAAGAGGAGGAAGACCCCGAUAUUAAGAAGAUCAAAAAGGUGCAAAGUUUCAUGCGCGGCUGGCUGUGCCGAAGGAAGUGGAAGAUCAUUGUGCAGGACUACAUCUGUUCCCCCCACGCCGAGAGCAUGAGGAAGAGGAACCAGAUCGUCUUCAACAUGGUGGAGGCGGAGACCGAGUACGUCCACCAGCUGUCCAUCCUGGUCAACUGCUUCCUCAGGCCGCUGCGCAUGGCCGCCAGUUCCAAGAAACCUCCCAUCAGCCACGACGACGUCAGCAGCAUCUUCCUCAACAGCGAGACCAUCAUGUUCCUGCACGAGAUCUUCCACCAGGGUCUGAAGGCCCGGAUCGCCAACUGGCCCACACUGGUCCUGGCCGACCUGUUCGACAUCCUCCUGCCCAUGCUGAACAUCUACCAGGAGUUUGUGCGUAACCACCAGUACAGUCUGCAGGUCCUGGCCAACUGCAAGCAGAACAGAGACUUCGACAAGCUGCUCAAACAGUACGAGUCCAACGCGGCGUGUGAAGGCCGGAUGCUGGAGACGUUCCUCACGUACCCCAUGUUCCAGAUCCCACGUUACAUCAUCACCCUCCACGAGCUGCUGGCUCACACACCUCACGAACAUGUGGAGCGCAAAAGUCUGGAGUUCGCCAAAUCCAAACUGGAGGAGCUGUCCAAGAUGAUGCAUGAUGAAGUGAGCGACACAGAGAACAUCAGGAAGAAUCUGGCCAUAGAGAGGAUGAUCGUAGAGGGAUGUGACAUCCUGUUAGACACCAGCCAGACCUUCGUCAGACAAGGCUCUCUCAUCCAGCUGCCGUCCAGCAGCGAGCGGGGCGUGCUCAGUAAGGUCCGCCUGGGCUCCCUCUCUCUGAGGAAGGAGGGGGAGAGGCAGUGCUUCCUGUUCACCAAGCACUUCCUCAUCUGUACCAGAACAUCUGGAGGGAAGCUUCACCUGCUCAAGCAAGGAGGGACGCUGUCUCUGAUCGAGUGCACGCUGAUCGAAGAGCUGGACGCCAGCGACGAGGACUACAACGCCGCGGGUCAAGGCUUCAACCACCUGGAGUUUAAAAUCGUGGUGGAGCCUCCUGACGGUCAGUCCUUCUCCGUCGUCCUCUUGGCUCCCUCCCGCCAGGAGAAGGCAGCGUGGACCAGCGACAUCAGCCAGUGCAUCGAUAACAUCCGGUGUAACGGCCUGAUGACCAGCGUGUUCGAGGAGAACUCCAAAGUUUCUGUGCCGCACAUGAUCAAGUCGGACGCCCGGCUGCACAAAGAUGACGUCGACAUCUGCUUCAGCAAGACGCUCAACUCCUGCAAGGUGCCACAGAUCCGAUACGCCAGCGUGGAGCGUCUGCUGGAGCGACUGACGGACCUGCGCUUCCUCUCCAUUGACUUCCUCAACACCUUCCUCCACACCUACAGGAUCUUCACCACCGCCGCCGUGGUCAUCGACAAGCUGGCCGACAUCUACAAGAAGCCGUUCACCUCCAUCCCCGUCAGGAUCGAGCAACAUUCAUGUGACCGUCUGUCCAUCAUGUCCCUGUGUCCUGACUACAGUCUGAAGAUCACUCAGCUGGCUCUGGACCAGUCCAAGUCCCUGGAGCUCUUCUUCGCCACCAACCAGGGCGCGUGGGCGACGGAUCCCUUGAACAACAAAUCCCCGAGACUCUGCCGCAAGUUCUCCUCUCCCCCUCCCCUCUCCAUCCCCCCCCGCACCUCCUCCCCCGUCCACUGCCGCAAGCUCUCCCUCAGUUCCCCGAUCAGUGCGAAAGCAGGAGCCUUGGACCUGUCCACCACCCCCUCCUCCUCUGCGGCCAACUCCCCCACCUCCAGCCACAGCCCCUCCAUCCCCUCUCCUCCCCCCGGCUCGACCAGGCCGCCCUCCGGCUUUUCCUCCCCUCCGCCCACCGCCACGCGCUCUCCCAGCCUCCCCCAGGCCUCUGGGGUUUCCUCGCCGCCCCCCAUCUCCACCAAGGCCCCGCUGGACCUCAGCCGCGGUCCCAGCUCCCCGGAGCUGAGCCCAGCUGCAGCGGAGGACGUCAGCGGCGAGCUGCCGCGCAUCGACGCCUUCUGUGGGAAGCUGAGGCGAAGCAUCCGCAGGGCUGUUUUAGAGUCAGUGUCUCUGGACAAGUUCCUCCCUGAAUCACCUGCCAGUAGCGAGCCGAGCGACAUGUCGCCCUGUCGCUCGCCAUCGACGCCGCGGCAUCUCCGCUACCGACAGUCAGGAGUCACAUCAGGUGAGAACUCUCGCUGUACGAUGUCACCGGCCUCAGCCUUCGCCAUCGCCACCGCCGCUGCCGGGCACAGCAGCUCCCAGGGUUUCAGUAACUCGGAAAAAACCUGUGACAAAGAGUUCAUCAUCCGCAGAGCUGCGACCAACAGAGUCCUCAACGUGCUGCGACACUGGGUCUCCAAACACUCCCAGGACUUUGACAUGAACAGUGACCUGAAGACGGGAGUGAUCGGUCUGUUGGACGAGGUGCUGCGAGAUCCAGACCUGCUGCCGCAAGAGAGGAAAGCAACGACUAAUAUAUUAAGUGCCCUUUCUCAAGAUGAACAGGACGACGCUCAGCUGAAGAUAGAGGACAUCCUGCAGAUGGCGGAGAGUCCUAAAGCAGAGUGUUUUGAGUCUCUGUCGGCGAUGGAACUGGCCGAACAGAUCACACUGCUGGAUCACAUCGUGUUCAGGAGCAUCCCCUACGAGGAGUUCCUGGGUCAGGGCUGGAUGAAGGUCGACAAAACGGAGAGGACGCCGUUCAUCAUGAAGACGAGCCAGCACUUCAACGACAUGAGUAACCUGGUGGCGUCUCAGAUCAUGACCCACACUGACGUGGGCUCCCGGGCCAGCUCCAUAGAGAAGUGGCUGGCGGUGGCCGACAUCUGUCGCUGCCUCAACAACUACAACGGCGUGCUGGAGAUCACCUCCGCGCUCAACCGCAGUGCCAUCUACAGGCUGAAGAAGACCUGGGCCAAAGUCUGCAAACAGACCAAGGCGCUGAUGGACCGGCUGCAGAAGACGGUGUCAUCAGAGGGAAGGUUCAAGAAUCUCAGAGAGACGCUGAAAAACUGUAACCCUCCGUGUGUGCCGUACCUGGGCAUGUACCUCACCGACCUGGCUUUCAUUGAGGAGGGGACGCCCAACUUCACAGAGGAGGGCCUGGUUAACUUCUCCAAGAUGAGGAUGAUUUCUCACAUCAUCCGGGAGAUUCGUCAGUUCCAGCAAGCACCUUACAGGAUAGAGCACCAACCCAAGGUGACUCAGUUCCUCCUGGAUAAGACACUAGUGAUGGAUGAAGACACCCUCUACGAGCUGUCACUGAAGAUCGAACCCCGAGUACCACCUGGAUAAUUAUACCUUCACCUCACACACAAACAUGAUAUUUCAUCAUAAGUUUCACCGUGUAAAAAACAGGCAGACAGUGACUGAAGGAAACGGGAGGUUCGUUCUUAGUAAACGCAGGAGUGGUUACACGAAACACGCCGUGGUUGUGCUUCGGAAACUCAGGAGAAAAUGUGCCUUGUUGUAUGAAUAUGUGAUGUAUAUAUAUAUAUGUAGUAAACAGAACGGACUGUAACAUACACAACUAUCUUUGCCAUACAAACCGCGACUGUGGAAACACCUGUGUUAGCUGCUCAACACUAGACGGUAACCAGUUGCUGCUAUCGCACUGUAAAUACCAAACAACUGCCUCUGUAGUCUUGCACAUAAACACCGUCAGAUGAGUUUUGUAUUAUUUGUAACGUCAUGGCCACAUUAACCUGCUUUGUGGGUCAAAACUGAGCCGCCAGGCGCCGAUUAACCCCCCCCCCCCGCCACCCUCUGUGCAUUGUGGGCAGUUUCUGGAUGCUGGGAUUUUACAAGGCCCCUUUAAUUUACAAGGAUGCAUCAUGUGAGCACAGAAUCUCCACAGGACGUAUGAAGAAAACAUGCAGGUUAAAGAGGAGUAGAACAAUGUGUAAACACAACACUGACACAUUAUCAUCUUAUACAGUUUAUCUGGAGCUUUAUUUGUGUUGAACCUGAUGAACGUCUCCAACAACUGAAAAAUAUCUGGGUCUUUAGCAGCCACAUUUUCCGUUAUGUUCCCCAGCUGUAAAAACAAAACAAAGAGCUGAAAGACACUAAAAUGUUCUGCAGGGAAACUGAGGAGUCGGGUGAUGAUGUAUGUAUUAACACAUUGAUCAGUGCAGCUUUUAUGCCGUUCACGUGUCCUAUAAUCGAACAGAUCAGGAGGCGGGAACAUGAUCUCUGUUUUGCUCUCACUGGCAUCUUUCCACAUAAUGUGUCAGUGUUGUGUUCACAGUGUUUUCUGCUGCCCCCUGGUGGCUGCCAGCCGUGUACUGCUGCUUUAAAAUGCUUCACACUGGACUUGAUAUCAUGAUAUCUGGAGAAAAAUCACUGUAUUGUCCUGAAUAUCAGACAGCACUGAUUAUUAGCUCAUAAUCAUUGAGUGGGGGGGAGUCUGGGUUCCCGGGUGAGUCGGCAGGUUGGUAAUCCGGCCUUUUGUGUGAUACAUACGUGUGUAGAGAGACACUGGAAGCACAGUUCACAUAUUUAAUCUACCUUAAUACUCACUGACUCGUCUGUGGUCACAGUCACAGGAGCUGCAGAUUCACUUCAACGUUUUUAUAUCUUUACUCAUCUGUCACCGCCGGAGGUUUAUGUUGUCGCUUUUGCAUGUUACAGCGAAAAUCUUUGUAUCUUACAAACAUUCCAGCUCUAAAAACAGACUUCACAGAUCGAAGAUAUUGUUACGUAUCUUGACAAUCAGAAGCACGUUUGCUUCAAAUCUUCACGUCCUUUCAGUUUUGUAAUAUCAGUCAUUUUGUACACAAAGGUUUCUGAUUUUGAAAAGUCGUCAUAUCUGCUCUUUUUUUUUUUUUUUUUUUUAAAGAAUCGGCCUGAAAAGUUUCUUACAUGCAACAAAAUCCAACAGUCAAACUUCUUUUCCAUGAAUCAUUGUUAUUAUUAUUAUUAGUUCAUUGUCCAUGUGAUCAUUUAAUCAUAUUUUAAAUAUUUUAAACCUUGUAUUAGUACAAUAGUAAUAUGUUUGCACUAUUCAUUUAUAAAGAAAGUCAGUAGACUCUAAACUUGUUUAUAGCUUGAAUAUAGCAUGAUCCCCCUCUGUCCUCCAGACGACUCUUAUCCUGGUAGGUGACUGUUGCUGAGUUUCAUUAGGUUUUCUCGUUUAUUUUGGCCCGUUCCUCAUGUCAGGAAGCUUUUAACGCUUUAAUGCAUUAGUGUUUAAGACCUUUACUUUCUUACAUUGCUGUAUUAUUUUGAAAUUCAAGGUUUGCUGUUGUAUUUUUCCAUCAUUUCUCUGUGUAAUGUACAGACUCACACACUCCAGGCUUCAAAAUAAAAGCAAAAACGUGAA